CUCCCCGUCUCCCCCACCCGCGGCCGCCGAAGCCAAAAGCGAUGCAGGCCCUCUCGCGCGCGCGUCGGCGCCUUCCUCCGUUCUCCACCCUUCUCCGUCCACGCCCUUCUGUCUCCCCUUCCCCCUCCGCCGCCGCCGCCGCCGCGGCGGAGCUCGGCGGCGCCGCCGCCGCCCCCGUCGCCGAGCCGUGGCCUCGCGCAAGGAGCUUCUCCUUUCGACCGCUCAGCCCAUUCGGAGUUACUUGUAGCAACUUGUUGCGUUUAACUGCUAGUUUGAAACAAUGGGGAGAUCAUCCAAUGCCAUAUCCCAUCAAUGGGGCCUGUUUCUCUUCAGAGGCAAAUAAAGAGUCUGGAGAUCCUACAGAAACCGUGGAGGAGCUAUACCAAAAAAUGCUAAAAUCUGUCGAAGCCCGAACCAUGCCUCCAAAUGCUUGGUUGUGGUCAUUGAUUAGUAAAUGUUCCAGUCAAGAUGACAUAAAGCUUCUUUUUCAGAUGUUAGAGAAACUAAGAAUAUUUAGGCUAUCAAAUCUUCGCAUACAUGCAAAUUUUAACAGCCAUCUUUGUAUGAGAGUCACUGAGACUUGUGCCCGUGUUGGUUCUCUUGACUAUGGAUUGAAGGCCUUAUGGAAGCAUAAUGUUUAUGGAUUAACUCCAACCAUUGGUUCUGCUCAUUAUUUACUGCUUUAUGCUAAAGAGCACAAUGAUGCUAAACUCAUGGGGAAGAUUAUGCAAGUCCUCCAGAAGAACUCAUUGCCAUUGCAACCGGGUACUGCCGACAUAGUGUUCAGCAUCUGUUACAACACCGAUAGAUGGGAUUUGAUCUCAAAAAAUGCAAAAAGAUUUAUAAAAGCCGGAGUUAAACUGCAUCGAACAGCGUUUGAUAUUUGGAUGGACUUUGCUGCGAAAGUCGGGGAUUCUCAAUCUAUAUGGAAGAUUGAUUCACUGAGAGCUAAGUCUGUGAAGCAACAUACUCUUACAAGUGGGUUUUCGUGUGCGAAGGGAUUUCUACUUGAACGUAAACCAGAGAGUGCUGCUACAGCCAUACAUCUUCUUUUCCAGAAUUUGCCUGAUCCGAAAAAGGAAAAAAUCGGGGAUGAACUGGAAAAGCUUGUCAGUGAGUGGCCGCCGGAGGUUGUAAAAAGACAAAAGAAAGAUGAGAGGAAGGUUCUAUCAGAAUCCUUGAAAGCUGACAUUCCGGCUAUGAUCAAUUCACUGUUAAACAUGGGCCUUGAUGUUAAGGUUAAUAUAGAAGAACUAGCUCGCCAGGAAGCUUGAAGUUAUUGCCAACCUCGGACAAUCGUUAGCUGAUGAUGAGCUUCAGGUUAGAAGGAGAUGUCAAAAGGGACAUAGAAGAGAGCGACAUUAUUCGACUUAAUUUUACGUAAUUCAGAGGGCCCUAAACUUUGUGUGACCACAAGCUUUAUAAUCUUUUAAUAUACCUAAUUUUUCUUCUCUUGGUGGGUACCAAAUUUUGACUCAAUUGGUAGGGGAACUUGGUGGUCCCUUUUUCGUGGCCAGAUUAGUACUGUUGUAAACAGUUCGUAUCAGCGCGCUUGUUGCUGGAACAUCUUCAUUCAUUUCAAUUGUUGUUGUGGUAAAAUGCUUGUUAUUCUAAAUAAUACAUAAGAGAAAAAGGUUGGACCUUAAUGUUGCGAAAUCUUAUUUAAAUUA